AUGAGUACUUUCGGCGGGAAAAUUGAAGAGAUACCUGAGAUUAGUGUGGAUCGAUUUGACGGGGACAAUUUGAAUUCCCAGGCAUUUUUUCUUUCUCAUUGUCACACAGACCAUAUGAGAGGAUUAUUUGCUCAUCAUUUUCAAGAAAAAAUAAAAAAUGAGAAAAAAUUUAUAUAUGUGUCUCCCGUUUCCCGGGCGAUAUUAAAUGGGAUGUGUCCAAACAUAUCUGGACUACUCAAAGAAUUGUCUAUAGAAUUUAGUACUUCAAUUUUAGUUAAUAAUAAAAGCAUUUCCGUAACUUGUAUACCAGCUGGUCAUUGUCCGGGAUCGGUAAUGUUUUUGUUUGAAGUAUCAGAUUGUAGAAUAUUGUAUACUGGGGACUACAGAAUUGGUACGUCAGAUAUAAGCAAGUUCAAGUGCUUUUACGACUCAUUUAAUAAUGUCAAAAGUAUAGAUAAAAUUUAUUUAGAUACAACGUUCUUUUUAAAGAAUUUUGAAUCAUUACCCAAACGGGAAGAUAGCAUGAUGGAAAUAUCUAAAAUAAUUCUAAAUUGGACAAGCCAAUCGCCAGAUAACGCAGUUAGAAUUGAUACCAAAGCUCGCUAUGGAUAUGAAUAUGCUUUUAAGGAAAUAUACGAACGUUGUAAGAUGCCAGUUCACGUCAACAAUGAAAAUUUCAAAUUUUAUUCUCUCAUCCCAGAGUUAGAUAAAGCAGUAACACAAGACGGGGCCUCUACUCAAAUCCAUUGUUGUUAUUAUAGAGACAAAGAUAUAUGCCCGUUCAUAAGCCCAAAUAAUUUAAGAACAAUUAAAAUCUCUGCGUUUCGUUGGAGGGAUUAUAAUUUUAAAGAUGGGUUAUCGGUUGCAAAUGAAAAAUGCAACUAUUAUUAUGUUUGCUAUUCGACACACGCUUCCUAUGAGGAAGGAUUGGCACUGAUAGAUUUUUUGAAACCGAAAGCCAUUCAAGCGUGCGUCGAACAUGAAGAUCCAGCUGUUAAUGAAGCAAUGAUGAAGUUGAUAAAAGAAAAAAUCGUUAACGUUACAGAAAAGAUUUUAUUAAAUGCUCCAAAAUUGUUUAAUGUGGAUAGUGGUACUAUUUAUACUAGACCAAAAAAGAUUUUAAAGAGCGACUGGAGCGUUUUGGAUUCCCCACCAAGAUAACACAAAAAUUGCAUUUUUUUUCCAAAGGAACCGUUGUAAACGGUUUCAGAUUGCUGGUUGUAUUGCUACUUUAAUGUAAAUACAAUUUUGUGCAAUAUUAAUAUAUGCUGUUUUUUCACUC